AGUUUAAAUGGUACGCCUCUGAGUUAGUCGGGGGUCAUUUGGACUGUCCGUUUGUUGGAGUACCUCGUCACUGCCGUCCUUCUCCAAAACCCUUACCUUUCCAAAACACCUCCCAAAGCUCCCGUGAACAGACAUUUCUCCACAUUAUCUGGCCCUCCACCUUAAGCCAAGAUGUCCAAGAAGGCCCCGAGCGAAGACGAGAAGUUCCUUUUUGUUGACAAAGACCUCCUGAACAGCCCUAUGGCACAGGCCGACUGGUCGGCCAAGAAGCUGGUAUGGGUCCCAUCAGAGAAGCAUGGCUUCGAGGCGGCAAGUGUCAAGGAGGAACACGGUGACGAGGUGCUGGUGGAACUGGCUGACAACGGAAAGAAGGUGACAGUUAACAAGGAUGACAUCCAAAAGAUGAACCCCCCUAAAUUCAGCAAGGUGGAGGACAUGGCUGAGCUCACCUGCCUGAACGAGGCCUCUGUGUUGCACAAUCUCCGUGAGAGGUACUUCUCUGGCCUAAUUUAUACAUAUUCUGGCCUUUUCUGCGUUGUGGUGAACCCCUACAAAAUGCUGCCUAUCUACUCAGAAAAGAUCAUUGACAUGUACAAAGGGAAGAAACGACAUGAAGUCCCCCCUCAUAUCUACUCCAUCACUGACAACGCCUACAGAAACAUGAUGCAAGAUCGGGAGGACCAGUCUAUUCUCUGCACUGGAGAGUCUGGUGCUGGAAAGACGGAGAACACCAAAAAGGUCAUCCAAUAUCUGGCUGUUGUUGCUUCUUCACACAAAGGCAAAAAGGACAGCAGUGCUCAACAAUCAGGAUCACAGUUUGCCUACGGGGAGCUGGAGAAACAGCUCCUGCAGGCUAAUCCCAUCCUGGAGGCCUUUGGAAAUGCAAAGACCAUCAAAAAUGACAACUCUUCUCGAUUUGGUAAAUUCAUCCGUAUCAACUUUGAUGUGACCGGCUACAUCGUUGGAGCCAACAUUGAGACUUACCUGCUGGAGAAGUCACGUUGUAUCAGACAGGCAAAGACAGAGAGAGCUUUUCACAUCUUCUACUACAUGAUUGCUGGUGCUAAGGAUAAACUGCACGAGGAGCUUCUUCUUGAGCCUUUUAGUAGUUACCGGUUCCUCAGUGCGGGACAUGUCCAGAUCCCCGGCCAACAAGAUGAUGAGAUGUAUGAGGAGACCAUGGAGGCUAUGAAAAUCAUGGGCUUCACUGACGAAGAGAGAAUUGACAUCCUGAAGGUGUGCUCCACUGUCAUGCAGCUGGGAAACAUUGAGUUCAAGAAGGAGAGGAACCAGGAGCAGGCGACAAUGCCAGAUAAUACAGCGGCCCAGAAGGUGUGUCAUCUGCAAGGCAUCAAUGUGACAGACUUUACACGUGCCAUCCUCACCCCUCGAAUCAAAGUGGGCAGAGAGGUGGUGCAGAAGGCACAGACCAAAGAGCAGGCUGAUUUUGCUAUUGAAGCUCUGGCCAAAGCGGUGUUUGAGCGUCUGUUCCGCUGGAUUCUUGCCCGAGUCAACAAGGCCCUGGAUAAAACUAAACGCCAGGGAGCUUCCUUCCUGGGAAUCCUUGAUAUUGCUGGAUUUGAGAUCUUUGAGGACAACUCCUUUGAGCAGCUGUGCAUCAACUACACCAACGAGAAGCUGCAGCAGCUCUUCAACCACACCAUGUUCAUCCUGGAGCAGGAGGAGUACCAGAGGGAGGGCAUUGAGUGGAACUUCAUUGAUUUUGGCCUUGACUUGCAGCCAUGCAUCGAGCUCAUUGAAAGACCAAACAACCCUCCAGGCAUCCUGGCCCUGCUGGAUGAAGAGUGCUGGUUUCCCAAAGCCACAGAUAUCUCCUUUGUUGAGAAACUCUUGAACACCCAAGGGAACCAUAUGAAAUUUGCCAAACCCAAACAGCUCAAAGACAAGACAGAGUUCUCUAUUUUCCAUUAUGCUGGCAGGGUGGAUUACAAUGCUACAGCCUGGCUGACAAAGAAUAUGGACCCUUUGAAUGACAAUGUCACAUCUCUUCUCAUGAACUCAUCCAGCCAGUUUGUGCAAGAACUGUGGAAAGAUGCGGACAGAGUGGUGGGUCUGGACACCAUUGCCAAGAUGUCGGACACCUCCAUGCCGAGUGCAUCAAAGACAAAGAAGGGAAUGUUCCGCACUGUUGGACAGCUUUACAAGGAGUCUCUGGCCAAACUCAUGACCACACUGCACAACACCCAGCCCAACUUUGUCAGAUGCAUCAUCCCCAACCACGAGAAGAGGGCUGGGAAACUGGAUGCCCACCUGGUCUUGGAGCAGCUGAGGUGUAAUGGUGUGCUGGAGGGAAUCAGAAUCUGCCGACAAGGAUUCCCCAACAGAAUUGUCUUUCAGGAAUUCCGCCAGCGAUAUGAGAUCCUUGCUGCUAACGCUAUUCCCAAAGGUUUCAUGGAUGGAAAACAAGCCUGCUGCCUCAUGAUCAAGCAUUUAGACCUGGACCCGAACCUGUACAGGAUAGGACAGAGUAAGAUCUUUUUCCGCACAGGAGUUCUGGCCCAGCUGGAGGAGGAGAGAGAUCUGAAGAUCACAGUGAUCAUCAUUGCCUUCCAAGCCCAGGCUAGAGGUUUCCUGGCAAGAAAGGCAUUUGCCAAGAGACAACAGCAACUGACAGCCAUGAAAGUGAUCCAGAGAAACUGUGCUGCCUACCUCAAACUCAGGAACUGGCAGUGGUGGAGGCUCUUCACAAAGGUCAAGCCUCUGCUGCAAGUGACCCGUCAGGAGGAAGAGAUGAGUCUGAAGGAGGAAGAGCUGCAGAAAGCCAAAGAAUCUGCUGUAAAGUUUGAAACUGAGCUGAAGGAAAUUUCCUUGAAACACACAUCGGUUAUUGAGGAGAGGAACGCACUUCAAGAGCAGCUCCAAGCAGAGACAGAACUGUAUGCCGAGGCUGAGGAGAUGAGGGUCCGUCUUGCGGCGAAGAAGCAGGAGCUAGAGGAGAUCCUGCAUGAGAUGGAGGCAAGGCUGGAUGAAGAGGAAGAACGCGCUCAAGGACUGCUGGUGGAGAAGAAGAAGAUGCAACAACAGAUGCAGGAAUUGGAGGAACAUUUGGAGGAGGAGGAAGAUGCGCGGCAAAAGCUACAACUGGAGAAAGUUACUUGUGAGGGAAAGAUCAAAAAGCUGGAGGAUGACAUCCUGGUGAUGGAGGAUCAGAACAACAAGCUGCUGAAGGAGAGGAAGCUGAUGGAGGAAAGGAUUGCAGACUUCAGUGCCAACCUUGCUGAAGAAGAGGAGAAAUCCAAGAACCUCACUAAACUCAAAAACAAACACGAGUCCAUGAUUUCUGAGCUGGAGGUCCGCUUGAAGAAGGAAGAAAAGGGUCGUCAGGAGCUGGACAAGGCAAAGCGCAAGUUGGAGGCUGAGUCCAAUGACCUGCAAGAGCAGAUAGCUGAUCUACAGGCUCAGAUUGCUGACCUCAAAGCCCAGCUUGCCAAGAAAGAGGAGGAGCUACAGAAUGCAUUGGCCAGGUUAGAAGAUGAGUCAGCUCAGAAGAAUAACGCUCUGAAGAAGAUCAGAGAGCUGGAGGGCCACAUCUCAGACCUGCAGGAGGACCUGGACUCAGAGCGGGCAGCCAGGAACAAGGCAGAGAAAAUCAAGAGAGAUCUCGGGGAGGAGCUGGAGGCCCUCAAAUCAGAGCUGGAGGACACACUGGACACCACCGCUACCCAGCAGGAACUAAGAGCCAAACGUGAACAGGAGGUGACCUUGUUGAAGAGAGCAAUAGAGGAAGAGAACCGGACCCAUGAGGCUCAGAUACAGGAGAUGAGACAGAAACACACUCAGGCCACAGAGGAGCUCACAGAGCAGCUGGAGCAGUCCAAACGAGUGAAGUCCAAUUUGGAGAAGGCUAAACAAGCUCUGGAGAAGGAGACCUCAGAGUUAACCAUGGAGGUGCGCUCACUUGUCCAAGCCAAACAAGACGGGGAACACAAGAGGAAGAAGUUGGAAGGUCAGGUGGCAGAUCUGCAGUCCCGCUUCAAUGACAGUGAGAAGCAGAAGGCUGAGCUGGGAGAACGCUGCUCCAAGAUCACUGUUGAAUUGGAGAGUGUAACGAGUCUACUGAAUGAAGCAGAGGGCAAGAACAUCAAAUUGAGCAAAGAUGUAACCAGCCUCACAUCCCAACUUCAAGACUCUCAGGAGCUUCUGGCUGAAGAGACGCGUCAGAAGCUGCAGUUCUCUACAAAGCUGCGACAAGCAGAAGAUGAAAAGAACAGCUUGCAGGAACAGCUCGAGGAGGAGAUGGAGGCUAAGAGGAAUGUGGAGAGACACGUGUCAACCCUCAACAUUCAGCUGUCAGAUGCAAAGAAGAAGCUGGAUGAAAUGGCAGGAAACAUUGAGCUACUGGAAGAAGGUAAGAAACGUCUGCAGAGAGACUUAGAGGCAGCCAACACCCAGUUUGAGGAGAAGGCCUCCGCAUAUGACAAAUUGGAAAAGACCAAAAACCGCCUGCAGCAGGAGCUGGAGGACACACUGAUGGACCUGGACAACCAGAGGCAGAACGUAUCAAACCUGGAGAAGAAGCAGAAAAAGUUUGACCAGAUGCUGGCAGAGGAGAAGAGUAUCUCCAGUAAAUAUGCAGAUGAGAGAGACCGUGCUGAAGCCGAGGCCAGAGAGAAGGAGACCAAGGCUCUGUCCCUGGCGAGGGCUCUGGAGGAGGCCCAGGAUGCCAGAGAGGAACUGGAGAGAGCCAACAAGGCCCUGAGGACUGAGAUGGAGGACCUGAUCAGUUCCAAGGAUGAUGUGGGAAAGAAUGUCCAUGAGCUGGAGAAGUCCAAACGAGGCCUGGAAGCCCAGGUAGAAGAGAUGAAGACCCAGCUAGAGGAACUGGAAGAUGAGCUGCAGGCGGCUGAGGAUGCCAAGCUGCGUCUGGAGGUCAACAUGCAGGCUCUCAAGGCCCAGUUUGAGAGGGACCUCCAGGGACGCGAUGAGAUGGGAGAAGAGAAGAAGAGACAGCUUAUCAAGCAGGUUCGUGAGUUGGAGACGGAGCUUGAGGAUGAACGAAAGCAGAGGGCCUCGGCAGCAGCAGCAAAGAAGAAGUUAGAGACAGACAUUAAGGAUCUGGAGGGACAGAUUGAGACAUCCAAUAAGGGCAGAGAUGAGGCUAUCAAGCAGCUCCGCAAGCUUCAGGGCCAGAUGAAGGACUAUCAGAGGGAGCUGGAAGAUGCCCGUGCUGCCAGAGAGGAGGUGCUGGCGACCGCAAAGGAGAGUGAGAAGAAGGCCAAGAGUCUGGAGGCCGAGCUCAUGCAGCUGCAGGAGGAUCUGGCUGCAGCUGAGAGAGCACGUAAGCAGGCAGAGGCUGAAAGAGAUGAACUGUCUGAUGAGCUGGCAAGCAACUCAUCUGGAAAGUCAGCCUUGACAGAAGAGAAGCGACGUCUAGAAGCUAAGAUCUCCCAGCUUGAGGAGGAGCUGGAGGAGGAGCAGAGCAACAUGGAAAUCCUCAAUGACAGGCUGAGGAAGAGCACACAGCAGGUGGAUCAGCUCACCAACGAGUUGCAGGCGGAGCGCAGCACCUCCCAGAAGAACGAGAGCGCUCGGCAGCAGAUGGAGCGCCAGAACAAGGAGCUGAAGGCCAAGCUCCAGGAAAUGGAGGGCCAGGUCAAGUCCAAAUUCAAGUCCUCCAUCUCUGCAUUGGAGGCUAAAGUGGCACAGCUUGAAGAGCAGCUGGAGCAGGAGAACAGGGAGAAGCAGGCUACUGCCAAGAGUAUGCGCCAGAAAGACAAGAAGCUGAAGGACCUGAUCAUGCAAGUGGAGGAUGAAAGAAAACAAGGAGAGCAGUACAAAGACCAGGCAGAGAAGGCAAAUACUCGCAUGAAGCAGCUGAAGCGGCAGCUCGAGGAGUCCGAAGAGGAGUCUCAGCGUGCUACGGCCGCUCGCAGGAAGCUGCAGCGGGAGCUGGAUGAAGCCACCGAGGCCAAUGAUGCCAUGAGCCGAGAGGUCAACUCUCUCAAGAGCAAACUAAGGCGUGGAAAUGAACCGUCCUUUGGCAGUGCACCUCGCCGUAUGGGAGGAGGUCGAAGGGUGGUCGAAGAUGCCUCAGAAGAGGAGGGCGAAUCUCAGAGUGACUUCAACGGAACCAAAUCCACAGAGUGAGGGAAGUUUUUUUUAACGAGAAUGAGAUAGAAGAUACCAGGGCAGGCCUGCCACUUAAACACCCAGUAACUUCAAAGCCUGUUAUAUCAUCCUGUUCUUCCAUAUCACAUCUAAAUAUAUAUUUUCUGUCAGUCCCCAUAGUGUAUCUUCUCAUUUCAGUGCACUUUUUCUUGACACAAAACAAUCAAAAAGGACUGUCAACAAGUUAUGAUGGCUCUGGUGAUGUGUGAUUUGCUGUUCCUAGUUUUUUUUGUUUUUUUUUUAUUUACACUGUUGUACUGCACUGAAUGAAUGAUACUUCCUUAUGCAGAGUUUUGUACACAAAUAGGUGCCUCUAAUUACCACGCUAACCUGCCAGCAAAGCCUCGGGGUCUUCACAAUAAGUUACCCUGUGAACUUAAAGCAGAGACAUUGUGUAAAUCUACAGAUCUGUAACUAUUAUCAGCGACUGUUGUCCUGUUGCCUGUGACUGCUGUUAAGUGUUUCAGUGCAGCACUGAAGUGGUCAGACCAGUCAGAAAAUGCACAAGCGCAUUUCUUCACCUGGUCUUGCUCCAGUCAGUGCUGCUGUUUGUACCCAACAUACAAAUAUUUAGCUGUUAACAUGUUCUUAAGUCACCAUUUAAAGUAUGUUAUAUGCACCUUUCUUGUGGCCAGAUAUGUUUAGAUUCCUUUUAGUUGUAAGAGACUAUUUGAGUCAGACAGGUUUACGGUUUUCUUAAGUAGGAAAUCAUGAGCCAGAUUUCAGUAAUGGUCACUUACCAGCACUCACAUUUCUAUCUCCCCUUUAUCCAGAUUUUCUGUACAUGUUAAAAAGCCCAAAUCACUCUAAACCAAAGAAUUAUACAUUUUAUAUGUCAUAUGUAUCAACUGAUGUUUACAUGACACCAUUUUAUGUAUUAACUGUUGAAACACCUGCACAAGAAAUAAAGAUUUUUCAAAAGAAAGUUCGUUUUUACUACACCUCUUUUAAUGUUUGUCUCAGUCAGUAACUUCAUCUCACUCAUCUGUUCAGUUCAAUAGAAAAACAACUGCAAACCAACAGGAUAAAAGUUGGGUAUAGUACCUCAGGCACAUAUAGUUUUCAAUACAGAAGCAGUUGCACAGGUGCUACAAAUGACACCUGGUACACAGUGGUCAUAGAUUACAAUUACAGUUAGCUCACGUUAGUUUCAGGAAGUUUAAACAGCGAAGAAGAGCAGGAUCUCUGAAUCACAAGUCCUACACAUAGGCUACAGUGAUGACUACUGUUACCGUACUGUCUGCUUUUAAUGAGCUGCUGUAUGGCAGUAAUGACAAUUCCAGAUGAACUGGAAACAUUUCAGUGAAAAAAAGCAAAGAUGUCACAUUAAAAGGUGUUCCCCGAUUCACAAACAUGUCUUACUAAAAAGCUGGAAUAAGAGGUAUUCAAUAUAAUGUACGUUCUAUCCACUUAGACAAAUAUACUAUGAUCUGUGCUUAUCAUCGGCCUGUUAAAACCUAUUAUUGCUUGGUAUUUUUCCCAUCCGCCCAACACAUCUAGGGUUGGGCAGAUGAGAGAGAGAAUAAUCACUAUACAUUCUGUAGUGCACAUGAGCUGAUCUAUGAACAUACUAUUGCCACUGUAAAAU